AUGUCUCAACCAGACCUCGCUGCCCUCCACUACAUCUCCUCCAACCCCUCCGCCCAAACCACCAUCCUCCUCAUCCACGGCGCCUUCUGCUCAAGCGAAUACUGGGAUCUCGUCAUCCCCCAUCUCUCGACCUCCUACCACCUCCUCGUCCCCGAUCUCCCGGGCCAUGCGAAAUCGCGCUCCAUCACGCCCUUCACCGUCGAUACCUCCGCAGACCUCCUCGCCCAGCUCAUCCGCAAAGAAGCCAAGAACGGUUCUGCCCAUGUCAUCGGCCACAGCCUGGGUGCGCAUGUAGCCAUCACACUAGCGAGCGCGUAUCCGGAUCUCGUACAGGAUGUUUUUGUGUCAGGGUUUGCGAUUUUCCCGCCUUCCGCGAUGGCGGAGUAUGCGCCGUACCUUAUCUGGCCGGUGAUACGGGUGGAGAAUAUGAUUCCGAGGUCUGUGAUUAGUUGGUUGAUGGAUGGGACGGAUGUCGUGCGUCUUGAUACGAGUGUUUGUACGCUGGAUUUGUGUCGUCAGGUCAUGGUGGCGCUGAGAUCGUCUGGGGAGUGGCCUGCUCCGUGGCGUGCGAGAACGCUUGUCGUUGCGGCGAUCAAGGGUGGGAUUAUUCCAUCUAGCGAUAAUGCUGAGUAUGCGGGUAGACUGGCGGAGAUUGGUAGAGAAGUCAACCCGGAGACGAUUGCUGUCAUUCAUCCCGAUAUGAGACAUCCUUGGAAUCGACAGGCGCCGGGGUUAUUUGCAGAGACGGCGCGUGCUUGGUUUGAGCGGAGGGAUCUGCCGGAGGGGUUUUUACCGUGUGAAAGUACAGUUGAAUAA